AAGGAAGGAGUUCUUGUGGUUUGGCAGCUUGAUGCAGGAUUUUUGCCACGUAUAUGAUCCCCACUUCAAUAUUUUACGCAUUCUACGGAUCCUUCCAUUUCCUCUAGCAUCUAAAACCUUAACACGAUCCCUACUUUCUCCUCCUCCAACAACCGAUUGUGUCUCUAUCUCUCCACUCUCAAUCUCUCGAUGCCUCCUAAGCCUUCACUCUUUUGUCUCCGAUCGAUUCAAUUUCCACAACCAUGGCAGAAUCCUGCCCUCCAAUUCCAGGGCCAUUGCCACACGCUCAGUCCUGAUGCAAGAUGCCGCCACAGAGGCCGUCUCAGCCGCAUUAGCCGUUGAUAAUCGUGUCCCUGCGACUGUAAUCACUGGAUUCCUAGGAUCUGGAAAGGAGGAUUGCAUUAUACAAGCCCUUUAUGGUAAGGUUGUCUACACGUAUGGACGGCGUGAGGGUCUCGUGUAUGAGAAGAAUGAGGUUGUCUUUAAUAAUGUGUGACAUGUGCUAUAUGCUGUGCUGGGGAAAUGGUGCUGUGGGGUGGGAAAGAAUCCUGGCUGGUCGGGAGAAGCUCCUUUGCACUGUCUUUUGCGUCUCCCUUCUCGUAAUUUCCUCAAUUAAAUCUCUUACCUGAAUUUUUAGUUAAUGUUUUUCAUUCUUUUCCACCAUAUUUAUCAGCAGUUCAAAAGAAAUGAUCAAUGCUUAUGCGCUGAAAUAUGUAGGGCCAUAAUAGUCUUGAUCUCCAACCAUCAAACUGAAGCAGAUCCGGCAGUCAUUGCCCAUUGGAUUGCCAGUUGGGUUUACAUAUAUGUCCAACUUAAUUGUCACUUAUUCUUCAUUAAUGAUAUGCUCCACCUGGCUCAAACUUUUAUUUCAAGUCAUAACCCAUUGGAUUGCCAAUUAUACAUUUUUUUUUUUCUUUUUUAAGUAUCUUUUCAUUUUCUUAUGUUCUUGUCAAUUCCUUGACUUGUGCUAUAUCACUUUCGCUGCUGCUACAUCAAAUAAACCGUUCCUUGUACUAUGACAUUAGUUAAUUACAAAUGUAAGCUACAUCUCACUUUUUCCUAGAAUGCCAAAACUUCUUUUUCAAGACCUUAUGUGACACUUUUGUUUUUCCCAAGUCUGGUAUAUUUGUGUCUUUUAAAACAAGAGAGUAGAUGUCAUUCAGAAGCAGUUGUUUGCUAACUGGUGGAAUUGAAGUGAUUUGUUUAUCUUAUUUUUCUGGUUCUAGAGGGUUCAGAGUUUUAUUGCGAUGUUGAAGCGGUCUUGCUUUUCUAUUUUUUCUUCAAGAUUGAUUCUAGAGAUUUCAGGGUUUUAUUGCGAUGUUGAAGCAGUCUUGCUUUUCUAUUUCUUCGUCAAGAGUUUAUUGUUACUCAUUGCUAGCAUUUAGUAGUCCUUGCAGUUGUCAACUUAAUUACUCUGGUUCUUGUGUCAAGUGUCUUUUGCUUCAUUUGCAGCUUUUUACUUUCUCCAUUUGCAGAGCUUUGGAUUGCUUUCUGGUUGCCUUUUUCUUUUCCUUCAUUUCAAGGUUUAAAACAUAAUUUGGCAUCUUCAUUGACGUAGAUUCGUAGUAAAUUCUACUUCUUAUGUGCAUGGUUUGAGCUUGCGAGUGUUAUGAUAUUUAAUCAUUACUAAUUUACCAUACUCUUCACCAUGUGGUUAUCUGACAUAGCCU